UGUGCUCUUUGGACUUGACUUCUUCUGAUGUGCAACGUGACGGUGGUGUUUGCUCGACGGAAUAAUGUUAACUUGGUGUCCUGGUUAGGCUCUAAAGAGUGGUGGGACUUGCAGAGAAACUGCGUAGUGACCAGUGUGUGAGUGAAGUGAUCACCAUUAUGGACGCCUACCCUGAGGUCUACACCACAGCUCCCGUCCAGCCCAAAGAAAAGAAGCCUGGGCAACUGACCAAUGAACAGAUUAAGCAGUAUUUCGAUGAGGGAUUUGUUCUAGUGAAGGACUUCUUUACGCCCGAAGAACUGCAGCCUUGCAGAGAUGGCACCGCGGAACUGGUGGACGCUUUGGCAGAAAGGCUCUACAAGGCUGGCAAGAUAAAGAACACGUACCGGGACGCAGGGCUGUUCCAACGACUGACGCUAAUCGAGGAAGAGUUUCCUGGGACAUGCGCACUGCUGUUAAAGGAGGGCAAGAUUCACAAGGCCUAUUGUGACCUCUGGGUGAACGACCGCCUGCUGAAUGUCAUGGAGCAGCUGGUGGGGCCGGAGAUAGCCGGGAAUCCGCUCUGGAACCUCCGGCCGAAGGUACCGAGUAAUGAUGAGACAACUGUGCCCUGGCACCAAGACAACUGCUACACUCUCCCGGAGUCCCUGGGUACGCUGAUUCCGGUUGCGUGGAUCCCUCUGCUAGACGCUACUGUGGAGAACGGCUGUAUGCAGGUUGUGCGCGGAGGCCACCGCAGGGGAGUGACAGCCGACCACGUGGGGGUGGUGGGAGGGACGUGGUACGUGGAAGUCCUGGAGGAGGAGAUGGAGAAGACACUGGGUGUUAAUAUUAAGACGGACAUCGUGACGUGUGAGGUUCCUUAUGGGGGUGUCCUGUUCAUCAACAAUGCCAUCCCCCAUAGGAGUCUCCCGAAUAAGACGGAUAACAUCCGUUGGAGCCUGGACCUGCGUUGGCAGCACCCUGACAAACCUAGCGGGUUCUGGGGGAAGCGCAAGCCUGUUCUAAUGCGCACGGCCAGGGACCCGAUGUACGUGGUGCCACAGGACGAAUGGGACAAGUUCUUCAAUGCGGAUCGCGGGAGCGAACUAGAGAGCAGCACUGGGCUGUCUGGUGAAGAUGUGGACGAGUUUGACACGACCGUUCACGGGCCGUGGCUGACUCGCUGGCCGAUUGUGCGCCACAACCGCCACACCAGGGCGCUCCAGGUCCAACAGGACGGCGUGUAGGAGGCACACGUAACACCGGGAAACUAACAGGAGAAAGGAACCAACAACACACACUGAGAACGUCUGCUUACCAUGCCAAUUCUAACUGCUAAGUUUCGUAAUCUCCGUAAAAAUAGGUAUCGUAGCAAGGCUACAACUAGUUCUGGCCAAUCGGCGUUGCAGUCAACAUAUUGAAUAUUUCGAUGAACCAAAACGUCAAUAAAAUGCACUUUAAGCUAAGAACAACAUCGAAGAAAGGCAACAUCAUAGACGUUGUAGGCACAUAAACGAAUAGAUUAGGUACUGCUGAUUCACAUUCCAUUCACUAGGCAUCUUGAAAGGAAGAAUAUAAAGCAAACAAACGAGUUGAACGAGCUAUUUCUUUACAUUGUAAAAAAUGCGAGUAGUACAUGACUGUGUACGUUUAACAUGUGAUGAUGUCAUGCUAGUAGCUUUGGGACCUUUGAAAGCAAAUGCGAUUCAAGGGAAGAAAAGAGCAGAUAUUUCCUGCAGAAUGUGUGACUGCCAAUGUUCGAAUCAAACUUCAUUUUUUUUAAAUAAGGGCCUACUUUGAUAAAUGACUUACAACUUUUGUAUAUGGUUCCGUUGAAUACAUAUAAAAUACUUAUUCUUUGAGUGUACACAUAUAAACCAUUAUGGUUAUAAUUAGAAGUUGAAAAGCGUUUUUUCUUGUUUAAUAUGGAUUUACACUGACAUAACCAUCACAGGAUAACACCUUUCAAUGUAAACCAAUUCCACCACACCAAUGACAUCAUACCUUCACCAAAUAAUGCUAACCUAGUUCAGUUGAAUUCAGGUCGUCUUCUUGGAACUAGGCGAUUGACGAACAUUGGAACUUGAUAACUGACGAAUUAUAAAUUUUCUAUGCAAAUAAACCAUACUGGAGAUGUUAUAUUGCUGGCAAGGAUUGCUGUACAGCCUUCUGUUUGUUUAGCGCCCUUUAUUAGUCUGACCCGCAUUUGGC